ACGUGACCCGGCACGCGGCUUGCUGAUUGGUUGGCGCUGGGCCCGGCUCGCAGCGCCACUGGCUCCGCAAAAUGGCGGCGUGGACCCCGCAACAGCAACACCGACCACAGCGCCGCCGGUAGCCCGAGAGCAGCAGCAGCAGCUACAGCUACAGCAGCCCACAUAGUCCCUACAGCAGCUACAGCCCCUACAACAGCAGCUACAGCAGCAGCCCACAUAGUCCCUACAGCAGCCCCUAGAUCAGCAGCAGCUACAGCAGCUACAGCAGCAGCCCACAUAGUCCAUACAGCAGCAGCUACAGCAGCAGCUCACAGCCCCUACAGCAGCUACAGCUACAGCCCCUACAGCAGCUACAGCCCCUAGAGCAGCAGCAGCUACAGCAGCUACAGCAGCAGCCCACAUAGUCCAUACAGCAGCAGCUACAGCAGCAGCUCACAGUCCCUACAGCAGCUACAGCCCCUACAGCAGCUACAGCCCCUAGAGCAGCAGCUACAGCAGCAGCCCACAUAGACCAUACAGCAUCCCCUAGAGCAGCAGCAGCUACAGCAGCAGCAGCUACAGCAGCAGCAGCUCACAGCCCCUACAGCAGCUACAGCAGCCCACAUAGUCCCUACAGCAGCCCCUACAGCAGCAGCUCACAUAGUCCCUACAGCAGCAGUAGCUACAGCAGCCCCGAGAGCAGCAGCAGCUACAUCAGCCCACAUAGUCCCUACAGCAGCUCCCAGAGACCCUGCAGCAGCUUACACAACCAUCUGCUCCUACAGCAGCCCACAUAGUCCCUACAACAGCUCUCAUAGCUCCUACAGCAGCUGCCAUAUCCCCUACAGCAGCUACUACAGCCCACAGCUUCCAUUGCCCCUACAGCUUCUACAGCAGCUCACAUAUCCCUAUAGCUCCCAUCAAAACCACACAGCAGCCCCUACAACUUAUAUAGCAGCUCUCAUAGCCCCCACAUCAGCUUCCAUCGUCCCUACAGCUUAUUACAACAGCUCCCGUAGCCUCGACAGCAAAUUCUCAUAGCCACAGCUACCAACGAAACCUCUACUGCAGCUCCCACAGCAGUUCCUACAGCAGCCACAGCUCCCAAUAGCAGCCUCUAUAGGGGAGACUUCAUAGCCCGUCCAUCAGCUCCCAUAGCAGUUCCUACAGCAGCCACAGCUCCCAAUAGCAGCCUCUAUAGGGGAGACUUCAUAGCCCGUCCAUCAGCUCCCAUAGCAGUUCCUACAGCAGCCACAGCUCCCAAUAGCAGCCUCUAUAGGGGAGACUUCAUAGCCUGUCCAUCAGCUCCCAUAGCAGUUCCUACAGCAGCCACAGCUCCCAAUAGCAGCCUCUAUAGGGGAGACCUCAUAGCCAGUACAUCAGCUCCCACAGCAGCCAUUGGCACCCGUAGCGUCUCCCAUAAGCGGCGUUAAGUGCCUGCAAAGGCUCCACAACAGUUCCCGGACCCCUCGUAGCCGCUGCCACAACCCCACAACUUGUAGGCAGUCAAAGGCUCCUUCCACAGCUACAUCAGCUACAGCAGCAGCUACAUCAGCAGCAGCUACAUCAGCUACAGCAGCAGCUACAUCAGCUACAGCAGCAGCUACAUCAGCUACAGCAGCAGCUACAUCAGCUACAGCAGCAGCUACAUCAGCUACAGCAGCAGCUACAUCAGCUACAGCAGCAGCUACAGCAGCAGCUACAUCAGCUACAGCAGCAGCUACAUCAGCUACAGCAGCUACAGCAGCUACAUCAGCUACAGCAGCAGCAGCUACAUCAGCUACAGCAGCAGCGCCUCCUCCUCCUCCUCCCGACAGCCGCUCCCCUAGGAAGCUCUCCCCCAUCGCCCCCCACGCCGCCGCCGCAGCUCUCGGCAGCUCCCCCCACCCAAUGCCCGACGUGGAGCUCGGCGCUUUGUGCUGCUGCUGAACGUCUCUACCCCGUCUCUACCAACACCACCACCAACACCUCGUCCUCCUCCUCGUCUUCGCUCGUCUCUCUUCGUCUGUCUCCACCACCACCACCGCCUCCUGCGCGGAGGAGGAGCGGCUCGGGCACAAUGAGCUCGGGCCGCGGCGCGGGCAGGAGGACGAGGAGGGCGGCGAGGCCCCGUCCCGCCGUGGAGGUUAACGACGCCCCCGCGGACGUGGCCCCAGCCCCAAUGCCUCUACCAGUGGGUGAUGAAUCCGGAGCUGCUGGAGGGCAGAGCAACAGUCCUUACCAGCUGAGGCGGAAAUCUCAGACCCCCAAACGACCACUUUCACAGACUCGAGGCGAGGUCGAGACAUCUCCGACAUCAAGUAGUGAGAACAUGGGCCAUCGCACGAAGCGCUUACGGUUGUCGGGCAAGACACAGGAACCUGCUCCCCCAGCAGAACGCUACCUUCAGGAAAAGCUUCCAGACGAGGUGGUUCUGCAGGUGUUCUCGUACCUGCUGGAGCAGGAUCUCUGCCGUGUUGCUUGCGUUUGCAAACGCUUCAGCACGCUCGCCAGUGACCCCAUCCUUUGGAAGCAAUUGUACAUAGAUGUGUUUGAGUACACGUUACCCAUGAUGCACCCCGAGCCUGGAAAAUUUUUCCAGAUUCAUCCGGACGACUAUGACAAUGCCAACCCCUGGAAGGAAAGCUUCCGGCAACUGUAUAAAGGAGCUCAUGUCAAGCCGGGCUUUGCUGAACAUUUCUACAACAAUGCUGCACGGUACAAGGGCCGGGAAAAUAUGCUGUACUAUGACACGAUUGAGGAUGCACUGGGAGGUGUACAGGAGGGCCACUUUGAUGGCCUCGUGUUGGUGCACUCGGGACUUUACACCGAUGAGUGGAUCUAUGUGGAGUCUCCCAUCACGCUGCUCGGAGCCGCACCAGGCAAGGUGGCGGACAAAGUGAUAAUCGAGAACACGAGGGACUCCACGUUUGUGUUUAUGGAAGGCUCGGAAGAUGCUUAUGUUGGCUUUGUCACCAUCAAGUUUAACCCCGAGGACAAGUCUGGAAAUCACCACAAUGCUCACCACUGCUUGGAGAUCACGGUUAACUGCUGUCCUGCCAUUGAACACGCGCUCAUCCGCAGCACUUGCACUGUGGGCUCAGCAGUCUGUGUAAGUGGCCAGGGAGCAUGCCCCUCCAUUAAGCACUGCAAUAUCAGUGACUGUGAGAAUGUGGGGCUCUACAUAACCGACCAUGCACAGGGCACUUAUGAGGACAAUGAGAUCUCAAACAAUGCCCUGGCGGGCAUCUGGGUGAAGAACCAUGCCAACCCUAUCAUCCGCCGCAACCACAUUCAUCAUGGCCGUGACGUUGGGGUCUUCACCUUCGACCAUGGCAUGGGCUACUUUGACAGCUGCAACAUCCACCGCAACCGGAUAGCGGGCUUCGAAGUGAAGGCGUACGCCAAUCCCACGGUGGUGCGCUGCGAAAUUCACCACGGACAGACGGGCGGCAUCUACGUGCACGAGAAGGGGCGCGGACAGUUCAUCGAUAACAAGAUAUACAGCAACAACUUUGCCGGCGUUUGGGUCACCUCCAACAGUGACCCCACCAUCCGAGGGAAUGCCAUCUUCAAUGGAAACCAGGGGGGAGUGUAUAUCUUUGGAGAAGGAAGAGGCCUUAUUGAAGCCAACGAUAUUUAUGGUAAUGCACUCGCCGGCAUCCAGAUCCGAACAAACAGCGGCCCAAUAGUACGCCACAACAAAAUACAUGACGGGCAGCAUGGUGGCAUCUACGUGCAUGAGAAGGGACAAGGCGUCAUCGAGGAGAAUGAGGUCUACAGCAACACGCUAGCCGGGGUUUGGGUGACAACAGGGAGCACGCCCGUCCUGCGCCGCAACCGCAUCCAUUCUGGCAAGCAGGUUGGAGUAUACUUUUAUGACAAUGGACAUGGAGUUCUAGAAGACAACGACAUCUACAACCACAUGUACUCUGGUGUGCAGAUCAGAACUGGAAGUAACCCCAAGAUUAGGAGAAACAAAAUCUGGGGUGGACAGAAUGGAGGCAUUCUGGUGUACAACUCUGGUCUGGGGGUUAUAGAGGACAAUGAGAUUUUUGACAAUGCAAUGGCAGGCGUUUGGAUUAAGACAGACAGCAACCCCACGCUCCGGCGAAAUAAGAUCCACGAUGGUCGCGACGGAGGCAUUUGUAUCUUCAAUGGUGGCCGAGGAAUACUGGAAGAGAACGAUAUAUUUCGAAAUGCACAGGCAGGCGUGCUUGUCAGUACCAACAGCCAUCCCACCCUCCGCAAAAACCGCAUCUUUGAUGGGUUUGCAGCAGGAAUUGAAAUAACAAAUCAUGCUACAGCCACACUGGAAGGAAACCAGAUUUUCAAUAACAAGUUUGGUGGCCUCUUUCUGGCAUCGGGUGUCAUCGUGAACAUGAAAGAUAACAAAAUAGCCAACAACCAAGAUGCCAUUGAGAAAGCUGUAAGUAGGGGGCAGUGCCUCUAUAAGAUCUCCAGCUACACAAGCUACCCCAUGCACGACUUCUACCGGUGCCACACAUGUAAUACAACGGAGAGAAAUGCCAUUUGUGUGAACUGCAUCAAGAAAUGCCACCAGGGCCACGAUGUGGAGUUCAUUCGCCAUGACCGGUUUUUUUGCGACUGCGGUGCAGGCACGUUGUCAAACCCAUGCACACUGGCAGGGGAGCCAACGCAUGACACGGAUACAUUGUACGACUCUGCCCCUCCAAUCGAGUCCAACACCUUGCAGCACAACUAGUCCAUGCCCAUUAACUGCGUGGGCUGGCUUGGAAUCUUCCUUGGUGGGGCAGCCUUUGCCCAGCCUCCCUCUCCUGUUAUAAAUCUUGACUGCAACAGCUUGUGUAUGCUUCCAUCACUGGACAGAAAAAAAAAGUUUUCUCUGAGCCCAUCGGGAAGAUUUGAUGACUAUAAGGGAAGCUGUUUUGUUCAGCCUAUGAGGUGUCACCAGUACUUCGCAAUAACUUGCGAGUAGAGACAAGGAGGAUGGUGCCUGCAAGAAGUGUUGCUGCGCCCUGUUCGUCUUUGUGUUGUUGCUGUGAAGCAGUGUUCACCAAGAUGCCUGCUGGAGCUGGAUUCCUGUUCAACAGACUAUUGUCAACAAACAAGAAAUGCCUAACACACAUGAAAAUGGAAUUUAUUGUGUGUACACCAUGUGUGGACACUUUCAGCUUUGAUUGCAGUUUUUUUAUGUGGUCCCACGACUCGAAUUCUGCACCUGGACUCUCGUCAAAGCAUUGACUGAGUGGAGGCAUGUGCAGCCUCACUGCCCACUUGUGCAUUUAUAUAGCAUUUUUCGUUUGUAGUCAUAUGUAGUAUAUCAACUUGUACAUUUUUAAGCAUUUAAAAAAAUACGCUUUUUAGACUUACUUUGAUCUUACUGGGAAUGACAUUUUUACGUUGUGUUCUUUUUCAGCAUUAUUGUUCGAUUGUUUGUGGCAAAAAAAGUGGGUGGAUUGAACAGACUUGAGAUGCGUUACAAAUGGCAGGCUGGGCCCUGCAAUCCAGGUGGUCGCUUUAUGAAAACUGCCACCCGCUUGCAGGGCAAUGAGUACCUCAUUGGCAACCACUCCAAACAGCACUUCUUACAGCUUUUCCGGAGCACUGUAGUGUACUUAUAGUAACCGCUGCAGCACUGCAACAAGUUUUCAAAUAUUCACAGUCGACCCAGAGCAUACCUUUCUCAAAUGCGCAGGCAGUUCUAUAGACACUACAGCUCCAAACGGUGCUGGCAGCGACAGCCUUUGUUGCCAGUAGUACGCACGUGUCUCUGACGACCUGUUCAAGCUGCUGCCCCCCCCCCCCCCCCCAUUGGGAGUGUUUGCUCUUGUUGAGGCUGUUUUGCCAGUUUUUAUGCAACGUUUUUGAAAUAGUUUCAUGUCUCAGAUGUACUAAAGUCAAGUAUUUUUAAAUGUAUUUAAUAGCAUGCCUUUACAUUUAAAAUUUGUUGGUAAAAUAAAUGUGAAGGUGUAA